CUCCAUACGGGCAUCUCAUUUUGUACUUCUCAUCUCUGUCUUCCUCUCAAGUCUCAACUAUCGUCACCUUUGUGUUUUUCAACAAAAUCCAGAUCUAUACCAGAUCUACCAUAUAAAAGUAUUUUAGAUAUUCAAGAAUGGAGUUUAUUGGAGUAGUAUUUGUACAGCUGUUUAAGGUCGCUGUGGAACUUGCCAAAUCCAUGAAGUUUCAACCCAUCCUAGGACAGAUCGAAUCCACUCUAGUCUCUUUGAAACCAUUGAUCGAAGAGAUGGUAGGUCUAAACAUGGGUUUGGAACUGAAAAGCCAGGCACUAGAUAAGUUACAAGAUGAAAUCCUGGAGGGCCUAGUUCUUGUCCGCAAGUGCGUCAAGUGCUCCAAGGUCGACUUCCUCAAACGGAUAAAAUACAAGAAAAAACUUGAGAAAUUGGAUGAGUUCCUCAAAAGUCUGUUACAGGAACUCAAGGUAGAGGAAACGAGGAACGUAAUGUUGAACUUACUUUUGACAAAGGAAACCUCCAAAAAAGUAGAUGAAAUGGCAAAUGAUGUGAAGGAGAUUUUGCUUGGGACGGAGAAACAUGGCGGCCUACUGGAAGAAUUGCUACAGGGUGAGGAGGAGAGCUUGCUUUUGAUCCGGAAAAACUACGACCAGAUUGAACGAUCGGAGAAAGAACAGAAGCAGUUCAGAGGGUUGGUCGAGUGGAGUAUGGUCAAUGUGCCUUCAAAGGAUGACUUGCCUCCAAUUAAUUGGGAUGAAGUCAAAGCUUCCACACUUCCCGUUGGAUUUGAUAAACCUAUGGAGGAAUUGAAGACAGAUCUUCUCAAAAAUGGGUUCCAAAUGUUGGUUCUGACUGGUCUUCAAGGAUCCGGGAAAACCACUUUGGCAAAACACUUUUGUGAAGAUAAGGAUGUCAAAGGUACAUUCAAGGACAAUAUCUUCCUUGUCCAUGUUUCGAAACAGCUCAGCUGUGGAGAUAUUGUAAGAAGGAUUGUAAGAAAACUAAAUAAGUACAAGAAAACCGAGUCACCAGACAACAUAGAUGACACAGUAAUUGCAGUUGAGUGGCUGCAACAAUUUCUGAAUAAAGCAGGACAAAAUCCUAUACUGUUAGUCUUGGAUGAUGUUUGGCCUGGAUCGGAAUUCCUUCUUAAGAAGUUCAAUGAAUGCAAAAUGUCGAAUUGCAAGAUUUUGGUGACAUCAAUUUACAAUUUUCCAGGAUUUUCUAGCCGAUAUUAUUUUGAACCAUUGGAUGAAUACAACGCAAUCAUUCUUCUUCAACAUUCAGCAUCCAGAUAUAAGCCCGCUUGUUUUACAGAUGAUUUUGCUAGAAAGGUAGUUGAGCGCUGCAGGGGGUUUCCACUCGCCAUUGAGGAGGUCGGAAGAUCACUAGGUGAUCGAGCAACAGAAUCCUGGGAUAAAAGUCUAAGCAAUUGGUAUGAAAAUUCGACUAUUAUUGACUCAGAGACUGAUUUCUUUGGCUUUCUCCAAAGCAGCAAAGAUACCUUGAAUGAACAGAUGGAUACAGUAAAGGAAUGUUUCAUGGACCUUGGUUCAUUUCCUGAAAAUCAAAGAAUACCUGUUGCUGCCCUCAUUGAAAUUUGGGCGGUGUUAUAUAAGCUAGAGGACGCUCCAUCCAUUUCGAACCUCUACGAGCUCACUAACCAGAGUUUGGCUAAUCAUAUCUUCACAAUGAAGGAGAAGAUAGAUGUCAAUGGCUACUACAGUGAACACUUUGUUACCCAGCACUAUCUGCUUAGACAGCUGGCCAUAUAUGAAACGGGACAGGACCCAGUAGAACAUAGAAAAAGGAUGAUUAUAGAUAUCUGUGGAAACAAUCUUCCCAAGUGGCUGAAGGAACAUAAAGAUCAACCAGUCAAGGCUCGCCUACUAUCUAUAUCAACUGAUAACAACUUCACAGAGAACUGGCACAACAUGCAACUACCAGAGGUUGAAGUUCUAAUUUUGAAUUUUCAUACAAAGGCCUAUGCUUUACCUGGAUUCGUGAAGACAAUGGAUAAAUUGAAGGUUCUGAUAGUCACAAAUUAUGGUUCCGAACCUGCUGAAUUAAGACAAUUUCAUUUACUGGAUAAGUUGUCAGAUCUGAAGACAAUCAGAUUACAGAACAUUUCAUUAGCUUCCAUCAGUAAGAACAGCCUUGCAUUGAAGAGUCUACAGAAGAUAUCUUUAUCCAGGUGCAGUAUGGCUAAAGCUUUCAGUGCCCGUCGCAUACAGAUUUCAGAUGCAUUUCCAAAUUUAGUGGAAAUUAAUAUUGAUUGUUGCAAUGAUUUGGAGAAAUCGCUUGAUAAGUUCUGUAGUCUUACUAGCCUAAAGAAACUCAGUAUUACCAACUGUGAUCUAUCUAUGUUAUCGGAAGAGAUUGGAGAGUUGAAAGAUUUAGAAUUGCUGAGGCUAAGGUCUUGUAGAGACUUGCACAAGUUGCCAGACUCAAUUAGGAAACUCAAAAUGCUAGACGUGCUUGACAUAUCUGAUUGCUUGAGCCUAAGGACGUUGCCUGAAGACAUUGGUGAAAUGAAAAGUUUGAGAAAGCUCGACGUGAGACAGUGCAACGGACUGGAAAAGCUUCCUCAGUCAAUUUUGAAUCUUAAGCAGUUAGAGGAAGUGCUAUGUGAUGAAGUGACAGAAAAUUUAUGGGAGCCCUUCUUAGCCAAACUCAGCAUAAAGGUGACCAAAGAAGAUAUUUCAACCUGAAUUGGUUCCAAAUGCUUUCAACCGAGGCAUGUCUUUCCUCAGGAAAUGCUAUGUACACUUUGUGAUUUGUGAUCAGUUCUUCCUUUCUAUUUUUCUGUUUUUUGCUUCUAGUGUUUUCUGUAACUAGCUUGAGAUAUUGCAUUCUAUAAUACUCUAAUAAACGUGUUCUAGACAUUUUUCCUCUUUGA